CAAGCAGCCGCACACUUCCUCAAAACACUGGAACAGCAUCAAACCUGACGAACUUUACUCCACUGGACAUUUAUUGUCCCACCUUUGAGACUUUGACUUGAGAUAAUAUUUAACAGCCAGCCGCAUAACUUUAGUCCUCUCCGCGCGUUGGAUCGAUGGAGUUGUGAUUCGGACGGAUAUUGGUUAGACACUUCACCAAAGCGCACAGACAAUGGUUUCCAUCGCAAAGGUGCUCCUCGGAGUCUUUGGUGUGGCAGUCGUCGUCAUUCUGAUAGCGGUACCCACAGCUAUAUUCCUGAAAGAGAAGGAGGAGGCCAACCAGAGAACUUUCACCCUGGAGGAUGUCUUCAACAGUACACUCAAACCAAAGUCCUAUGGCAUGAGAUGGAUCUCAGAUAGUAAGUAUCUGAAGAAGUCCCAGGGCUCAGUCUUUGUCCAUGACGUUCUCACAUCAGAGUCUUCAGUUUUCUUGGCCAAAGAAUACUUUGAUGAAAAAAAUGCUUAUGAUUACCAGCUGUCUGCUGACCACAGAUAUGUUGCAUUCAUGAGCAACCAUUCCAAGCUGUGGAGGCAUUCAUUUACAGCUUCAUACUCACUCUUUGACCGGGAAACCAAUAAGUUUAUAGCCCCUGACAUUCCUCAUGAAGUGCAGUACUUUGCCUGGGCUCCUCAAGGGAACAAACUGGCUUAUGUAUGGAAGAAUAAUGUGUACAUAAAGACCAGCCCUGGGUCGCCGCCACAGCAAGUCACUUUCAACGGGGAGGACAAUGAGAUUUUUAACGGGGUUCCAGAUUGGGUGUAUGAGGAGGAGAUGUUCUCAACCAAUCAGGGUCUCUGGUGGUCACCUGGAGGAAGGCACGUGGCUUAUGUUGAGACCAACGACACUGAGGUCCACACCAUAGAGUACUCGUGGUACGGCGAUAAGCAGUACCCCAGCACUGUUUCCAUUCCAUACCCAAAGCCAGGUACUCCCAACCCGACUGUGAGACUGUUUGUCGUGGACACUGACAACACAACAAAAAUUACUGAGGUUGUUGUUCCAGCCCCAUUUGGCUCAGGCGAACAUUACCUGGCCUCAGUGACUUGGGUGACAGAUGAUCGUAUUGCCGUCCAGUGGCUAAAGAGACUACAAAAUGACCUUCUCCUCCAAAUCUACAGAUUGAAUGGAGCUGCAUGGGAUGAAGUUGAGCGACUGUCCGAGAUCAGUCCCACUGGUUGGAUUGGGCGGUUCUCUCCACCAGAACCGGUUUUUGCUCCAGACAACAGUUAUUACCUGAUAAGGAGCGACAGCAAAGGGUACAAGCAUUUACACCAUGUGGUCAACGGCAAGCCUACACCUAUCACCUCAGGAGAAUGGGAGGUCAUUGACAUCCUGAAAGUACUUGCAGAUAGUGUAUAUUAUUCAAGUAACCAAGAGGGCGGCAGGCCAGGAGGAAGGAAUGUCUACAAGUGGACUAAAGAAAAGGGGUCCCAAUGUCUGACUUGUGGGUUACAUGAAAAAAACUGUAUGUAUAACUCAGCCUACUUCAGCCACAAUGCCUCCUUCUACCGUGCGAGCUGCAGUGGUCCUGGCAUUCCUUACCAUUCUCUCUUUAACAACCAGAAUAAUAAAGUGGAGGAUUUGGAGGACAAUAAGGCAUUUAGCAACCUGAUAUCUGACAUCCAAAUGCCCACCAUGGAGCGAGCCACCAUCACAAUCGCUGGAUUCAAACUCUGGUACCAGAUGUUUUUGCCUCCAGGAUUUGAUAAAUCCAAGAAGUACCCUUUAUUGAUAGAUGUGUAUGCUGGUCCCUGCAGUCAGAAAGCAGACUAUAUCUACAGGGUGAGCUGGUCCACCUACCUGGCAAGCACUGAGAAAAUCAUCGUCGCCAGCUUUGACGGAAGAGGAAGUGGUUACCAAGGCGACAAGUUAAUGCAUGCAAUCUACAAACGUCUGGGAACCUAUGAGGUGGAAGAUCAGAUAACGGCAGCCAGGGAAUUCAUCAAGAUGGGCUUCAUUGACAAAGACAGAGUGGCUAUUUGGGGCUGGUCUUAUGGUGGAUAUGUGACGUCAAUGGCCUUGGGCUCUGGAAGUGGAGUUUUCAAAUGUGGAAUGGCGGUCGCUCCAGUCUCUAAAUGGGACUAUUAUGAUUCCAUCUACACGGAGCGUUACAUGCUGGAGCCUAAACAGAAUCAUGCAUUCUACGCUAACUCAACAGUAACCGGCAGAGCCAAGAAUUUCCAUUCAGUGCAGUAUCUUCUGGUUCAUGGAACAGCUGACGACAACGUUCAUUUCCAGCAGGCAGCCGAGAUCUCUGAAGCUCUGGUGGAGGAGCAGGUGGACUUUGAGGCGAUGUGGUACACAGAUAAGGACCACGGGCUCAGCGGCUCAGCCUAUCCACACGUCUACACCCACAUGAGCCACUUCCUGCUUAGGUGCUUUGCAUGAAGUCCACUGGAUCGCCAGGAACUCUUUGUAUUGCCUCAUGUGAAUUAAAAUAAAUCUUUUUUUUUGGGAGGGGGGGAUAAAUGUUUAAUUGUAAAUAAAGGUUUGAUUAUUCAUGCUACAAAUUUCAGGAGAAAAUUGUGAGAGGAAACUUAAUGAGUCAUUCUGUGUCUGUGAAAUUGUCAGUCAGAAAAAAAAAAAACUUGACCUAUACGAACAUAUCUGUAAUAAUUAGAUGGUUGAAAUUGAAACUGUACUGUACUUGGAUAUAAUGAAUUUUUACAGUGUUUUAAUUAUGAAUUGCGACAUAAUGCACCACAGUAAUUUUAUACAGUUUUACAAAAUCUGUGACUUGUGACUGUUCGAUGUAACUGUUUUGUAAAAUAAUAAAGAAUCAAAUUUAAAAAAAAA